GAAACUACUCAUUUAUCUAUAGAGGAUUUGGCCAACUGGCUAGCGAAUCCUAAAAUAAAAAACAACCCAACUAUUAUUAAUAAAAAGGUUCCAAAAACAGAUGCAGAAUGGUUUGAUUUAAUGGAAAAGACUCCUAGUAGAUCACAAAAGAAAACCCCAACUCCUGCAAUCAUUGACCAAAGGGAUGAGUCUAAAGAUAAUCCAAAAGAUAUAGAUAAAAAAGUGUUUUGGCCGGUCCUAUUUCCAGACGAUGAAAUGCAUCAAAAAGUAUGGCAAAAGGGAAUUCAGACAGCAAAAGAUAUGUUUAAAGUAGAUGGUGCUGAAUAUACAUUUUCAACCUGGUUUGCAAUAGAGAAAGAGGAAAUGUAUGAAGCUGGAAUGACUAAAGAGCGUGUCAAGAAAAUUUUAAAUGCAAUAGAUGAUGAUAGGUUUCUUAUAAGGGUAAAAUUUAUUCGGCCAAAUAAUGAUAAUUUCAAAAUUAUUGACAAAUAUGAGCCUAUACGUGAGUCAAAAAAGGCUGAUAAGAAAUUCGUUCCAGGAGGUCCAAAUGUUAUUCUUACAAAAAAGAUGAAACCAGGCUUUUGGGUUGGAAUUGAUAGAAAGUUUUUAGUUAGAGAAAUUCAAAUUAAAAGCUCUGAUUUUAAAGAACUUACUGCUAAUGCACCAGAUAGUAAUCGAUUAAUGCCAAUGAAAGAUGAUGCACUUAAUUGUGUGGCCCAACGAGUAAUAGAGCAUUUUGAAAAAGCAAAAAGAGGAUAUGGGCUUACAAAUAUACGUAAACAAAAAAUUAGCACUUGGGAAAAAAGAAUGCGUCAACCUGGUGCUCGGGUAGAGGAUGUAGUAGAAUUAGAAAGAAUACUUAAGAGGCCAAUCAAAUUGCUUGAUAUUACUCACAGGACCAUUUUUAAUAGUGGAAAAUAUCGAACAGGUAGGUUUGAAGAGAUUGAGAUAAUCCAAUCAAUAUCCCAAUUUGUCCUAGAAGAUGGUCGUAUAUUUAGAACAUGGAUGAAGCAUACAGAUAUUAUAAAAGCAUAUAAAGAAUUAUUUGAGGAUGCGGUAGACUGGCAAUUUCAAGAAGGAAUAAUUAGUGAAGAAAAAAAGCAGGAAUCCCUAGAAUCACUAAAAAUAGUUGAGUUAGCAGAGCAAGUAUUCGAAGCAAACCAUGCCGGAAGCAAACUUGCCAAUGAAAUUAAUGAUUGGCAUCCAACUCCGGUCAGUGUACAUGAAAAUAUAAAGCAAUCUUGUGUUGAACACGGACAUGAAGGACGCUGGAAUGCGUCUAAUUAUCAAAUCAGAGAUGUUCGAUUUGGUCAUCCAACGCAUCAUCUUGUUCGAGUAGCAGUAAAUGGAGAAUUGCCACAAGAUGAUAUCACCAGAUUUGCACAGAUAAGAUCCUUUAAAUUUGUUCCUAAUAUUCAUUCAGCAAUUCCUGUUUGGUAUAGAAAACACUUUGCUUGCCGAAGUGGAGAAGGAUGUGGGAAGGCAAAAGGCUGGACACCUAUUGUACUUCUACGAUAUCUUCUCGAAGCAGGUAUCUUAGAAAGCAUAACUAUAGGAGAAGGAAAAUUCACACAGGGAAAUAAAGUUGAGGAAAAACGUCUUACUCAUCGAGUUGUAAUAGACGAAGGUGAGCUCGAUUUCUUAAUCCAGGAUUGUAUUAAAGAGGGAACAUAUGCAGGUAGUGAUAAAUGUCCGCUUGGACAUAUACUUAUAUACUACGAAGGCCAUCAGCCUCAAUAUACACAUUUACGAGCCUCAAUGUUAGCUUACGCCCAUAUAAACUUACUGGAAAUGCUUCGAAGAUUUGGCCCUAAUGAAGUACAAGUUAAGCAAAAGAUUAGCUAUCCCAAAGAUUCGGUAAAUACUAAAUUGGUUAAAGUAUUCCAAAAAACUAAAAUGCUUUUAGCGGUAGGAGAAUAUUUUCCAUGUAGCAAACAUAAACCAUUUGUUUGUUAUGAUUGCUUUUGGGAUUGGUAUGUUCAUAAAGGUUUUUGGGAAGUUAUCACUGAUAAGAAGCCAUCUAGCAAUACUAGUAUAGCCAUUACUAAAAUAUCUGAACCUCUAAAAGAAAAGAUUCUUUCAGAACCGAUUAGAGAAAUACAGCCUGGACAAUGGCGUGAUAAAGGAGAAAAAAUUUAUGGUCCAGAUCCUAAUGUUGUAUACUGGCCAAAAAAUAGGCAUUGGGAAUCGAUUAAAAAUAUUACCAAAAGUACUGCUCCAUCAAUUCAUGAUCCUAUUACAAGAUCCCGAGUUUCUUAUCUCAAUGGAGGUGGUGGUUCUGAAAAGACAACGCGUGCAAUUCGAAUCAUCAAAGAUAUAAACAUGGUUGUUUUCACCCAUACAAAUGUGCUAGCUAAAGAUUUUCAAAAUGACCGUAAAGAAGUCUUGACUAACUAUCGGGCCAAAUGCCCUAGAUUACAAGAGCUUAAGAAAAAAAUGCGAUGCCAAAAUAACAGAGUGCAGUCAGACUUAUUCCGUGAAGCACUUCCAGUUGCAGAAAAAUGA